GCGCCGCCGCGCGGUGAGACUCUGACGCGCGUCAGUCUUAUUUUGUGCCGCCGCCAUCUUGAGCAGAAUCCGGAUCAUCAUCACCAUCAUCUGACUGACAUCAAACAGAGCGCGAGCGCAGAGCAGCGAUGGCAACGGCACCUUACAACUACUCAUACAUCUUUAAAUACAUCAUCAUCGGGGACAUGGGUGUAGGAAAAUCAUGUUUACUUCAUCAGUUCACAGAGAAGAAAUUCAUGGCAGACUGUCCGCACACCAUUGGCGUGGAGUUCGGCACCAGAAUAAUCGAGGUGAGCGGUCAGAAGAUCAAACUGCAGAUCUGGGACACGGCUGGACAGGAGCGAUUCCGAGCCGUCACGCGCAGCUACUACAGAGGAGCGGCGGGAGCGCUGAUGGUUUAUGACAUCACCAGGAGAAGCACAUACAAUCAUCUGAGCAGCUGGCUCACGGACGCACGAAACCUCACCAACCCAAAUACUGUUAUCAUACUGAUAGGAAAUAAAGCAGAUCUUGAAGCCCAGCGAGAUGUGACGUAUGAAGAAGCCAAACAGUUUGCUGAAGAGAACGGUCUUCUGUUCCUGGAGGCCAGCGCUAAAACAGGUGAGAAUGUAGAGGACGCUUUCCUGGAAGCAGCCAAGAAGGUCUACCAGAACAUUCAGGACGGCAGUCUGGAUCUGAACGCAGCCGAGUCGGGCGUCCAGCAUAAACCGUCAGCGCCGCAGGGCGGUCGUCUCACCAGUGAGCCUCAGCCGCAGAGAGAAGGAUGCAGCUGUUAAUGCCAGACACAUUCCUCCUCCUCGUUACAUCAUCAUCAUCACACGUGACCACACGGGCGGGGGGAGGAAUCCCAGGCCGGGGCUUCAUUUCUUUCCGUGUCUUCACUUUCUCACUCUCCCCGUCAGUGUGACUGUUUUUUUCCCGUCAUGCACUAACUGUUGCUCAUGAGUCAGCUGAUAACCAGUCAGGUUAUUUAUAUUGAUUUUAUAACGCAAUAACAUCGUCACGUUCAUUCGUCUGUAAUGUGACUGACACAGAAGGCUGACUAGUUACACGGGCGUUCAGAACUGACUGACCCUCACAUGGGGGGUCAUCUGUGAGCCGCUACAUAACAAACACAGAAUAAUCCAUCAUCAACACUGAAGCGUGUCAGUUCUGUUACUUUUCUCAUGUUUGUGAAUGAAAGACACUUUAUGGAAAGAUGUGUUUUAUAAACGUCUGUCUGUGUGUGUGUGUGUGUGUGUGUGUGUGUGUGUGUAAAUCUCGUGAAGAGCGUCUAAAGUCACUCUAAAGACAAGAAAACAUGGAAAAUAGAAAUGAUAUUUUGCAUUGUGACAAUUUUCUUAACGCAUUCCCCCCUCCCAUAAUUCUCAUUACUGUAAAAUCACAGAUCUCUCAAUGAUUGUCAUACCAUGAAUAUCUUUGAAUUCAGUGUGAUGGCGAUUUCACAAUACUAAGUCUUUUUUUUUGUACGCAAAACCAUUUCUUCCUUUGAUUUGUGGGUGAAAUACAGUAUUAUCUGGACUGGUUCACCCAUCAACACGUUAACCUGAUUAUUAUUUGUAUUGCCUUAUGAUUAAUGUUAAUAUCACUAAAUGAUUUUUUCCAGCAGUCCGUCCGUCUGCUGUGAUGUCAGCUUGUAUAAUAACAGCGUGUGUGUGUGAUGUGACAUCUGCUGUAUAUAAAGCUCUAGAACUCUGAUGAUGAUGAUGCUGCUCGCUCGCUUGGAAAAUCUCUUACGGUGUAAAAUGCACAUGAACUCUUCUACCACAGAACGUCUCAUCAGUCGUGAGUUUUCAUUGGAAGACGAGGUGGUACAAACUGUCUGAAUGAACUCUUCUCACAUGAAAAAAAACAAACAAACACGUAGCCGA